AUGGUGAUGGCUGACUCAGAAUUCCCCACCUUAAAGAUUUUGCUGCUUCCAUUGGAUGUGUUAGAGUUGGUGUUUACGUAUAUUCCAACUGUCAAUUUAUUGUCAUACGAUAUCCCAAUAAUAAACCUGAUAUUGCAACAUGCCUUAAGAGAACGAGAGAUCAUAUGUUAUAUAAGUAUAUAUUCUUACAGCGUAUUCAGACCAGCGUUUGAUAAAGUUACCCUGUGGAGGAAAGAACCAAUUGGAGACGAAGCAAGGUUGAAAAAACAACAAGAGUUAGACGCUCGUGAAGAAAACCAUAUCCAAUUUGGUCAACCUGAUGGUGUAGAACGCUUUCUAAAUUUCAUGAAGAUGCACCCAAGUUUAAAACCAAAAAUAGUUAUCGACGGAAUCAGUAUUUUAAAUCAGUUGCUUGUUGAAAAUCCAUCGUGUCUUGAAAAUGUCCGGAGCAUAUCACUUCAGAAACGUGGCAACGAUGAUGAAGCAAAGCUCUUAGAGAUGGUCUUUAGUUGCCCUUAUCCCAUCGACAGUAUUGAUGCAUUGGAUACACUUAAUGGACGUAAACUCCCACCAUCAGUUCGACUGUUGCAUCUAAAUAAUUUUCCAGAAUACGACACUCCUCAACUUUCGACCUUGAGAGAAAGUGACUUAACAUCACUAAAUCUAGAGUCACUAAUUGUGGUUAACGAUCUUAAGUAUCUACCAAAAGGUUUGAAGACGCUCCAAAUUAUUUUGAAGUUGGAUUGGCCAAUUUGCACUCCUACCCUACCUGUAACACUAGAACACCUCAAAAUUCUGUGUGAGAAUUCUAAUGAACUUAAAGAACUUAAUCUUUCGAAUCUUAAAAAAUUGAAGCUAUUACAUCUACGUAGAUUUAACGUACACAAGCUCACAGCAUUGAAAGCUUCUAACGAGAUUGAAGAGAUGGAUAUCACAACAGGUAAAUUGGAAUCCUUGGAAAGUAUAGAGAGAUAUACCAUGCUUAAAGAAUUUCUGCUAUUAUUCUUUUGUCUAAGAGAUCCAUCAAUCUUGGAUUCAUGUUUACCGGAUUCCUUGAAAACCCUAUCUGUAGAAUGGCGUUAUUUCGAUGAACAAUUAGUUUCCAAUCUGGUCACUGAAAAAGAUCAUCCAUCAAAAGUCAAACUACCUUCGAACCUCACAAGACUUAGUAUUUCCGCAGUCGCGCCUUCGGUUUGUCAAAAGGAAUGGGAAUUCCCUAUAUCAUUAAGAAUACUUUCAAUGACAGUACCCGUUUUACCAAAGAGAUUUCAGCUUCCGUCAAACUUGAUAGCGUUAGAUAUUGGACGGUGUAAGAAAGGUUGCUUACCACUUCCUUUACCCAAGCUGUUGAUUCGGCUACGUACAUCCGUGCCACCAGCAAACAAGUCAUGUUUGAGACGGUUGAAGAAUUUAACUUAUCUUCGAUUUGACUUUGAAGGAAAUGGGAUGAAUAAAUUUGAAUGGAAGUUGCCUUCUAGCUUAAGAAAAUUAAAAGUUCAUCAGAGUUGGAUCACUGAUUUAAAAUUAAAUUUGCCAAAACUAAAAGCCGUUGAGUUGAAUUUAGAAACCACUAGUGAUUUGAAAGUAUUCAAACUACCUAAUACGGUGGAAUAUUUGAGAUUACUUGGAUCGUCACCCGAUGAUCAUACUAAAUUGUCCAUCUCACAACAAGUUCUACUUCCCACCAAAUUGAGGAGUCUUCAUAUUAGGUUCCAUUCUUUGUAUCCUAAUUCACUUCCAGAUUUACGUUUGAAUACUUAUAAAGAUUUGUGGUAUCUUCAUCUACAUGCCUGUAAAAUCAGUAAACUUGAAGAUGGAGCAUUCCCCAAUUCCAUAGAGGUCUUGAAUCUUCUGGAUAAUCCUUUGAGAGAAAUAGAUCCCUGCGUAUUCAAGAAGCUACCCAAUCUACACUUCCUUUUCCUAACAACUUGCCCGCUAGGUAAAUUAACUCUAGAACAUCCUUUGGAGUUCUCAAGCUCCUUAAAGUAUCUAAAUCUCGCGGAUACCGAUCUUGAAGAUAUUGACAGAUUCAAGAUUUCCCCAGAUAAUCUGCUCAUGAAGAUAGAACUUACCUUCAAUAAUUUCCCUGACAAAGAAGCCAUUUUACAAGCGUUAAGAACAGAAGUGGGCCAUGAGGUGGAUAUCGAAAUUAGCAACAAGGAGGAAGAAGAUGAUAAGCCAUAUUAUCCGUACUAA